AUGUAUCGGAAGUUGUCUAAGUUAGAACACUCGGAAAUAAAACAACUUCUUACAGAAGCUAAUAUAGAUGUUGCAAAGCAUUACGCAACAAACAAAAAAGCACUCGCUGACAUCCUCAAUGACUAUAAUGGUGCAAUAAGUUAUGAUAGAAUUCAUGAGUUCAUAAAGCCGCAACGCGGCGAGGACGAAGUCCAUGCAAGAGCAUUUCCUUUAAAUGACGUUGCUAUUGACUUAUAUCAUAGACGUUCAGUACCUCAUGAAGUAAGAAGAGAAAUGUUUGACCUAACAAAUGCAAACGUUGGUGAAACAAGAAGAAGAGACGACACACUGAAACAACAGAGAAGAGAGAUGUUUAAGAGCGCUAUAG